AUGGCCAAGUCUAAGAACCACACCAACCACAACCAAAACAAGAAGGCUCACCGUAACGGUAUCAAGAAGCCCAUUGUUCACAAGUACCGUCCUCAAAAGCACAUGGAUGCCAAGUUCCUCCGUAACCAACGUUUCGCCAAGAAGGGUACUCAAAAGGCUCUCGCUGCCGCCAAGGCUUAA